AUGCCUAGAGACGACCUCUCCAUCGACUUUGUCCACAAAAUGGCCCCCUCGGUGGAGGCCCAAGACCCAGGCCUCAUACUCGAGGACUGGAUUCACCGGACGUCGAAUCUCCACGAGGAGAUCCGCUUCCUCCAAGACGAAAUACACGACAAGGACCGCGCCUACAACGACUGCGUCAAGAGCAUCGAGGAGAGUGACGGCAAGAUACAGCGGUGGAUACGCGCAAACACCAGCGCCCAGCCGAACCCGAGGGAGGAAUUGUUGCGCGGCAUGAUCCGCGAGAACUACACAAAGGCGGAUCAGCUGGCGACCGAGAAGAUGCUUCUAUCGUCGAAACUAAAUAUGCUGCUGGAUAAGCACCUUCGCCACCUGGACACGCAGGUCAAGUUGCUGUGCGACCGCGGCGAGCCGGGCUUCACGGAGCCUGACGAGAUCCCGUCUGUGAUACGGCCGAGUGCUGCCAACCACAGCAUCCCUAGCACCAGGUACCCAUCAGCAGCAACAGCUCACCCCCUGAGCGCUAUAACGAGUAACGCGACACCUGGUGCCCGGCUACCUCAGAUCCGGACGAGCCUGGCACAUGCGACCACCUCGAGCUCGGCGCCCGCCACACCCGCCGCAAGCAUUAUUCUGCACCGAAAAGACCGCGAGAGCUCGGCAGGCCCGGGAAGCGGUGUCCCUAAGAGGGGACCGCGCGUCAACAGUGGUCUCAGCAAUGCGCCCGCGGCAUCGAGCGGUCUCGCGCGCCACUCAUCCAUCGGCCCCGGCACGCCAAAGGCAGGAACACCGGGGUCCACGGCAAGAGCGGGAAGCACGGGGCCCAAGGCUCUGACAAAAUCGGCCGGCGUGCGGAAAAGCACCCCGAGCGGCGGUGCAGCGGGACGUAAGAAGCCCCCGAACGCCAAAUCGGGCCUGAACCGCGUCAAGCAGGCGGGGCGGUCCAAGGGCUCGCCCACAUCGACGGCCGACAGCGAACUUUCCGACGCCGAGUCGGCACCUAGCUCUCGGGCGGGUUCUCGCGCAGGCAGCGGCACACCGGCGCCGUCCGCGGCGACGAGCCACCUCCCGCACAAGCGGGCGCCCAAGCACCGCCCUCACACCGAGGACGGCGACGACGACAUGGCGGACAGCGACGCGGACGCCAGCGGGUCCGAGGAGGAGGACGAGGAGGGCAAGAAGUACUGUCUGUGCCAGCACGUGUCGUACGGCGACAUGGUGGCCUGUGACAACAAGGACUGCCCGUACGAGUGGUUCCACUGGGACUGCGUCGGUCUCAAGAAGGAGCCCGAGGGCCGCUGGUUCUGUCCAGAGUGCACCGAGCAGCGCAAGAAGAGCAAGUAG